UCUCUAUCUCUCUCUCUAUACAUAUCUCAGUUCUUCUCUCCCUCCUUCUCACACUCAUUGUCUAUCUAUCUCCAUUUCUCUUCCUUUCUAUCUCUAUCUAGGCAGCACGACACUGUUUCGAUUUACGUUUCCAGCCGUGCGGCGUGUAUUGGUUGGUGUUGUUAUUAACAUUAGGCUAUGUCUCGUUCACUCUGUCUAUCACUCUCUUUUACUAAUAUUUCAAAAGCUCUCGUCACAGGCUCAAACCCUUUCAGAUGUGGUCUUCACUAACGAUCACAACGGCGACUACGACCUCUAUUAGUAUUAUUAUUAAUAAUAAUAGUAGUAGUAUUACAACUGAGUGCUGCUGCUACUAUCACCACAGUACGUCUCUUCUCCACCCUCUGGAACCUUAUAUUUCUUUCACUGUAACUUGCAACUUAUGGACAAAAACGUGUGACCUCCGAACAAGACUCUUGUGAUCCAUGUCUUCUUUUUAUAUUUGAUUCCCAAGCCAACUGGAAGAAUUUGUCUGUUGCAUCCCUUUUUAAAGGGGUUUAUUUCUCAAAAAUGUGAAAAAUAAUUAGAAAAAUAACUGUUGCUACGGUUACUACUGCUGCUACUGCUGACUGUCAUCAUCAUCACCACCAUCCUGAUGCCCUGUAAUCCUUUAACGUGAGACCAGUAGAAUGUCAUCAUCGGGCGAUAUCAUUUGGGACACGUCCUACUUCAGGGCUGCCUGCCUCAGUUGUGUGGCUUUCCUCAUCAUUUAUAAAUAUGUCAGCCCUAUCUUGUCAGCAUUUGUAUUCCCUGGAUACCUUCACCUACACACAGAGAAGAAAAUUGACUGGAAUACACGGGUCAUAUCCAGUAUCCAUGCUGCUGUGGUCAGUUCUAUGUGUGCGUACACACUGCUGUAUGAUGCAGGGCUCAGUAAGGACCCCAUCUGGUGGGAUGCUCCAGUGGUGAGGACUAGUUGUGCCAUUGUGGUUGGCUACAUGGUUGCUGAUCUUAUAAUCAUGACUGUUCAUUAUAAAACUAUAGGAGAAGUGUUCUAUUUCUUUCACCAUGGGGCAUCUAUAUAUGCUUAUGUUUAUGUUAUGACAAUUGGAGUAUUACCAUAUUUUGCAAAUUAUCGACUCAUUGCUGAAUUUUCUACACCUUUUGUUAAUCAGAGGUGGUUUCUAGAUGUGCUUGGCUAUGAAAAGAAAAGCUCCCUGUUUGUGGUGAAUGGCAUUGUCAUGACUAUUGUGUUUUUCCUCGUCCGGGUGGCUUGCAUGCCGCUCUACUGGUACAAGGUGUAUAGUGUGUGUGGCACACAUUCAUUCAUCACCCUAGGACAUAUGCGCUAUGUACUGGUGUUCACCUGUGUUGUGUUGGACAGCAUCAAUCUAUACUGGUUCUACAGAAUGUGUGCUGGGGUGCGCAAAGUCCUCACCUCACAUGACAAAAAUCGAAACAUAAAGACACAGUGAUUCUGGAAAUUGCUGGAGCAAGUGUUAUAGCAGUACUAGUAGUUGUAGGAGUUGCUGGAGGUGGAUGAGGUGUACAGUGAAACCUGAUGUAUUACUUGACACAAUAUGAACUGUAUAUCAGUAAAUGUGUGUGUGUAAGGGUGUACGUAACAUAAACAAGGAUAUUAAUACAUACAUACAUACAUACAUACAUGCAUAUAUAUAUGUGUAUUUGUGUGUUUAUAUAUGCAAAUGCAUGUAUGUGUAUGUGUUUCAUGCUAUUUGAUAAAUUCUUACAAAGAAUUUAUCCUAUUAUUAAAUUAU